AGGAACAACACGAUAACAGUCAUAGUCCACCUUCUUAAGUUAAAUGACUGAAUGUGGUCAAUCUUUAGCCAAAGUCUUUUUAUUACACAGAGCGAAGGUCUGUUUCUGUCUGAGCCUGUUAACAUAUACUAUCACACACGACUCAAGGGGCACAGGUUUGUUUGGUUGAUGCAGUGCUGUUAUCGCAGGUGACAGAGAGAUCAUGGCCGGGACAGGGGUGCAUGUGGUCUGGAUGGCAGCAGUUCUAAUGAGCUCAGGGGCGAUCGCACAGCGGGUGGACAGGAACAACGCUUCUCUAACAAGAAUUCCUACAAGCGAACCUACAAACCUCACCGAACUGAUCCUGAGCCAUAACUCUCUUGUGAUGUCUGAAUCGGAUAUAAACACCUUACUGAAGUAUCCCAGGAUUAGGGUGCUAGACCUUUCCUACAACCUCAUACAGUCACUGCCUGCGGGAGCUUUUGACAGUCUCACAAACCUGGAGACACUUAACCUGAAGGGAAAUGGACUGCAAAUCCUUGACAAAGACAUUUUUAAAGGACUGACAAAACUGAAGAGUUUGGAUUUGGAGGAAAAUCCAUGGAACUGCUCCUGCUCGCUCACAAGUCUCAUCAAACAGCUGAAUGACUCUGGCGUAUCAACAGGCAGAGAAGUCACUUGUUACAUGCCCCAGAAAACAGCUAUCCUUGAUGGAAACCCUUUCUGCUUAAAUCAAGCCACAACAGUGAAAACUAGUUCAGCACCGCUGCCAACCACAGAGCCAAGCAACAGCAGUCAUGUCUACAACUCCAGCAAAGGGUUCAUUGCGAGUGAUGGAGGGACGGCGAAAGGAAGCAACAGCUGGAAGUUCCUGCUUGGUGUAGUGACUCUAACUCUCAGCACUUCCAUGCUCAUUGUAUGCGCUGUCAAGUCACCCUCUUGGUACAAACUUCUGUUCAAUUAUCGGCACCAGAGGCUCCGUGAGGAUGUGGAGCCUAGUGUCUUCAAUACCGGACGCUUUUCCAACUUUAGCUUGGACACGCAGCAGACGGAGACGAGCGCUCAGGAUCUGGACGAGGGCAUGGACCAUGGGCUGAGCAUGGAGCCUUUUGAAGAUGAUGAUGGCUUCAUAGAGGACGGUUAUAUUGAGCCAGGAACUACAACGAACAUUCGGAUGCUAACCAUGAGUCGUGAGCAGAUCUCUGGCCUCUAUGGAUCUCAGGGUUCGGCACAUUGGUGGACAAAUUAAGCUUUUUUUUUUAAAAAAGAGUUUUUGCAUGAACAAACUGUAAGGAUCCUUUUUCCCCAGUGCAGUAGUGCAAUAUGAAACACAAAGAUCACUGAACUGGAAUUACAAAUGCAUGUAUCUCAGCAUGUUAAAACGUUGUGUGUAAACACUGCAAAAAAAUGAUGUUCUUCCUCAGUGUUUCUGUCUUGUUUUCCAGCACAAAUAUCUAAACACUCUUAAAGCAAGAUACAUUUACUGGAGAAGAGAAAUGACUGAGAAUAUUGCAAUUUAUCCAAAUUAACUGACGUCAUACUUGGAAAACAAGUUUAUUUUUAGCAGAUUUAGUUUUUUUCUUGCUUUAAGCACACAAUUAAUUUUGUCUUAAUAUCUUCAGUAAUUUCUCUUCUCCAGUAAAUGUAUCUUGAUUUAAGAAUGUUUAGUUAUUUGUGUUGGAAAACAAGAUUUUUUUUUUUUGCAGUGAAUGCUGUCAUUGCACUUUAUAACAUAGUAAUUCAAAACCUUAUUUAAAAUUUUCACAAUAUUUUGUCCCAAAUUUCCUAGAAAUAUUUUGCAUGUAGUUUUGCUGCAAUAUGUAAAAUUGCUCAUUUAAAA